AGCAUUCAGAAAAUGGGAAAAAAGAAGUCUGGCAAGGCACCAGCUGGGCUGAAUGAUGAACGCUUCUCGCAAAUCAAAUCAAAUCCGAUGUUUGUCGGAUUGAAGAACUCGGAGAAGAAGGUAGUAAUUGACAAAAGAUUUGCUGCUGCUCUCACUGAUGAGCGGUUUUCAACUCGAGCAAAAGUGGAUAUGCGAGGACGAAAACAGAAGAAAACUGUCGGAAAUAGUAUGUUAGAUCUGUACGAAUUGGAAGAGGAUGAGGAAGUUCAACCAUUGAAAAAAGAAAAAAUAUCGAAAAAGACCACAAAAGAUGAAGAUGAUGAACUGGAUGAUUUCUUUGAUGAGAAAGAUGAUGAUGAAGAUGCAUUGGAAGAUGCUGAUGAUGAAGAGGACGAGAUUUCAGAUGAAGAGAAUGAAGAUGAAGAGGAAGAAGAAAAUGAAAAAAUAGGAAUGAACGGAUUCAAAAGACUCGAUUUGGCUCGUGGAGAAGGAAAUGUUGAUUCAUCUUCAGAUGAUGAUUCAAGUGAAGAUGAAGGUGAAGAUGUUGAAUUUGAUGAGAAGGAAGGUGGAAUCGAGCUCGAUUUAGCUAAUCUUGAUAGAGAAGUAGACCAAGUUGAAUGGACAUCAAACCGUCUGGCAGUAUGUAAUCUUGAAUGGGACACUAUGAAUUGCGAAGAUAUUCUGAUGCUUGUCAAAUCAUUUGUACCACAAGGUGGAUCUGUAAUUUCCGUUGGAAUCUAUCUUUCGGAUUUUGGAAAAGGACAAUUGAGUAAAGAAGAAAAAACUGGACCACUUCUAAAAUUGGCAAAACCUGUGGAAGAAUACAAAGAAGAUGAAAUGGAUGAUGAAACGAGAACAGCAGUACGGGAGUAUUUAGUCAACAAGCUCAAGUACUAUUAUUCAGUUAUCACUUUUGAUUCAAUUCCGUCGGCAGUUGCAGUUUACGAGGAAUGUGAUGGUUUUCAAUUUGAAGAAACCGGUCUGAAAAUGGAUAUGCGAUUUAUUCCAGAUGACAUGGAUUUUGAGGAAGAUCGAGUAAAAGAAUUUCUGAAUGCGGAAGAUGUGAAUUUGACGAAAUAUAAAGCAAAAAAGAAAUCGAAAAGUGCAAUUAUCUCAACCGGAGCCAAAAUUCUAUGGGACGAGGAUGAUCCACAAAGAAAGAAGAAGUUUCUUGAAGCUUUCAAUGGUGAUGAAGAUGCUGGAAAAGAUUUAAUUGUGGACUCUGAUGAAUCGGAUGGUGAUGAAGCAAAUCGGAAAACACUUAUGGCUCUGUUGAAUACCGAUGAACGAAAGUCAAAAUUAGAUGUUGAUUGGGAAGGAGAAGAGAAGAAUGGAAGUGAUUCCUCUGAUGGAGAAUAUGUUAAAGUAGAUGAUGAUGAUGAAGAGAUUGGAGUAAAGCAAAAGAAAAAGAAAGGAUCUGAUGAUGAUGAAGAUGAAAAAGAAGAGGUAGAAGAAAAGAAAGAAGAUGUAAAGCUCACAGGAUACAAAGCAUAUAAGAAGAAACAAAAACAAAAGCUGAUGGAAAAUAAGUUGAAAAGAAAGGGAACAUCAAAAGAAGCUGAGACUAACAUCAAGACCGUUGCUGCAGCCGACAGUAUCUCGAAAGACGACCGUUUCUCUGCUUUAUUCACCGAUUCUGCAUAUGCUAUUGAGCCAAGUUCCAAGAAAUUCAAGGGAUCGCUUCUUGUGACGAAGCAGGCUGAACAAAAGUCUAAAGGAUCUAGCACUGUCAUCGAAACGAAGAAACCCGAGGAUCUCGUUCAGAAGUUGAAGAAACAAGCUGAUAAAUGGAAUAAGAAGAAGUCUGUGAAAAACUGAUUUUAUUUUUAUGUUUUUGUUCUGUUAUUUUUUAUCGUUACGUUAUGAAUUGUUUUCCAUUGCUU